AUGGCAACUCGCCCGGAAUUAAGUAGAAGGGUAUUCCGGUUGAGAGGCUUGCCGAACCGUGUUGGUGAUCGAUCAGAUGUGUCCCAGCUGCUCAGCGAAGUCGUGAACAUCCCCGAGGAACGGGUUGAGGUCUGCUCGCUCGCCAAAACCUGCAACAAGUGGGAAUCGCUACCUUCCAAAGUCGCGACUAUCCGUUUCCAAGUUGUACCAGACUGCCUAAGCUCUACAUCCCACCUUGACGAAUGGGAAUUUCCCUUUGCAGAGGAGCCAGGACAGUGCCUGAUUCUCGACACGCAUUUUCAAGGCCUGACAGCUCUCAAUGACGUAAAAUCAGAAGACCACCACACAGACUGUAUUGCCAUAUCUGGUUUAGCAAGCCAUCCUUUUGGAUCAUGGCAACCACAUGGAGACGAUAAGAGCUUUAUGUGGAUUAGAGAUGAGCUCCCAAGAUCAGUGUUAGGAGUCCGAACAAUAAUAUAUGGCUAUAAGUCCGAGCUUCAUGGCAGCGAGUCAUUUCAGACCAUAAGCGAUAUCGCAGUUAGCUUUAUCCACCAACUAAAAGCUGGGGGAUGGAACCUCGACUCCUCGAAGCCGAUUGUGUUUCUAGCUCACAGUCUAGGCGGAAUAGUGUUGAAAGAUGCUAUCGUCCGAAUGGCUGGAGUGGAGAGCGUUAUGAGUAUCCUAAAUAAGUUCAAAGGCGCUAUCAUGUUUGGAGUUCCUAGUCUUGGGAUGCACCAGUCUCAUUUAAUGACAAUGGCCAAGGGACAAGCUAAUGAAUCUCUAAGCCAGGAUCUUUCCCGAGAAAAUGGCAGUGCAUAUCUCAGACGAUUAAAUAAGGGCUUUGAGGGACUCUCGAUUCUUCAAAAUGCCCGAAUAUACUGGGCUUAUGAAACUAAAGAGACAAGAACCGUCCAACUGGAAAAUGACAAAUGGACCAAAAAUGGGCGUCUCGAAGUUCUAGUGAACCCAGAUUCUGCAACAUGCGGCCACAAAGUCGGAGACACAAAAGUCAUGACUAUUCCCAUCAAUGAAAAUCAUUCCAAUAUCGUUAAGUUCUCUAGGGGACACAAGGACUUACCCACCAUCAUACAGACUAUUUCUGAGUUGUGUUCCCAGGAAUCAAAUUCUGGGUCAUCAGUUCAUAAUACCGAGAAACCGGGGGGCAGGUCUAAAAUUCUAGAAUCGUAUCUUGAGCUCCCUGCCUUAUUUGAAGAGGACCGUAUCACCCUCAAGGAUCUAGAUUCCAUGCUUUUGACUAUUCAAGAAUUGCACGACCUCUGUCCAGCCGAAUUAGACUUCCGUGCUAGCCAAAUUGAGGACCCUUUUCAAAAUACCUUCGACUGGGUUUUUGACACCACUUCUUUCUCGAGUUGGCUACAGGAAGGGACAGGCCUUUUCUGGGUGAAUGGGAAGCCUGGUUCCGGAAAAUCUACGCUGAUGAAAUAUAUAUGGAAGAAUAAAUAUACUCGCGACCUUUUACAUGACUGGAGGCGAAGUUCCUCGAACAUCGAGGAGAUUGUUGCCAGUUUUUUCUUCCACUACCGAGGCACAGCUCUCCAGAAAUCCUUCGAGGGGCUUUUACGGAGCCUCGUUGUUCAACUGAUAUCAUCUCACGAUACUCUAUUUCAGAAACGCUGGGGUACAUUCCGUCAACUGAAAAUGCAGGCAUCGCAGUUGAUAUCCGAGCGGAAAGAUGUACUGACUAAGAUGCAUCGUCUUGAGAGCCCCGAAGAGACGUUGAGCCCCGAAGAGACGUUUAGCCCCGAAGAGAUGUUGCGUCGGAAAGAAGAGAUGCGUCAGUUAGAAGAGACGCUGCGUCGGAUAGAUCAAAGCCUUCAAGAGGCUGGGUCCGAGUUGAAAAAUAUGGCUAGAAAGUUCCGACAACAUGCAAAUGCACCCAAUACUAGGUUCUUAUCCACAGUGACCCAGACGUUUCGGAAUUCUCGAGGAGGGCUACUACAUCAGCUUGAGACAACUUUGCACCAGAUCCUCAACCAAGAUGCGAUAAGGAUGGACAUCGUCUUGUUCUUCGACGCACUCGACGAAUUUGACGGUCACCUUGAUAUGAUAAGCAAGUUCCUGAAAGGACUUGUAAAGGACCCAAAACUGAAUCGGAUUAAAGUGUGUUUCUCAAGCAGACCUUGGGAAUCGCUCGAGGCACAUUUCUCAAACGAGCCAGGCUUUAGACUUCAAGACUACACGACUCACGACAUUGCAACUUAUGCUGCUGGAAGUUUAGUCGGUCUGAGCCUGGAUAAUUCGUCUGUUUCUCGACUUGUCAAUGAGAUAAUUUCAAGGGCCAAUGGUGUAUUUCUAUGGGUCCGCCUCGCAGUCAAGGAGAUGAUCGAUGCCAGCUCCCACACCAAUGCGCCUGUUUCCUUACGACAGAUGGAAGAUACGCUAAAGAGGCUCCCUGGCAAUCUUUACGAGUUUUACAAGCUCAUUGUUGAGCGCAUCGCUCAUACUAUUCGCCCAAAUACAUAUGCACUCCUGGAACUCAUGAUACGCCGUCGUGACUUGGGUGUCUCGGUCGAUUAUGCAUGGAGCGCCGUUACUAUUGCGUAUUGUUGCACCCAUCAAGAAAGUAAAGCUAAGUGGGAGAGAGAUCACGUUGUUUCCUGGCGAAACCCGAAUCGGGCACAAGUACGAGAAUGGCAGAAGGGUGAUAUCACGAUUUGGGGCGGGGGCCUCGUUGAAAUCAAUGACGAUACUGUGCAAGUAAUGCACCAGACGGUCCUAGAAUUUAUCACGGGGUUCUCAUUCAAGAGAGAUGUCCUCGGGGAGCUUUCCAGCAUUGUGGUGGAGAACGGCCAUUGUUUUCAUUUCAAGUAUUUGUGCUCGAUAGCCUCGGAGAGUAUUCUAGAUACGAGUACAAGGGCAGAAUUGCGGUACCACGGGGAACAGUUUGAACUAACCACGGGGAACAGCCAGCUGGCAUAUAUCAGAAGCCUACCAUGGAGAACAUUCAGACUCUUGCUUGACGAGUCAGCCUAUGCUCUGAAAAGUACCGAUGAAUUGUUUUUGAAAUGUGUCGUCUCAAAUGGCUUGCUUCUUUGUCUCAAAGAAUGGGUAACCGAUAAUCCCAACAAAGUCAGAGACUUCAGCCCAUCCAUAACAAUUCCCUUUCCAUUGCUUAGCGAUCUAUUCUUUCUGGGCAGCUCCGGAGCGUUGCCUAGCAGAUAUAUCCGCAUGAUGCGUCUACUGCUUGAGAAUGGCUUUAGAAUUCGACAAGACCCUUGCAUCUUUGCCACGUUAAUAGAACGAAUAUGGAAAUUGGAGGCGAAUCAUGAGACCAGGGAGGAUAUCCGCGUCCCAAUCUCGAUACUGCAUGAGCUAUUCAUGCUGUUGUUAAAGAAUAAGCAAGAGACCAAUACUGUUAUUCGUCUUAAGGCUAUUUGGGCUCAUCCUGAGGCGGCGUGCGGGGUGAAGCCACUCCACGUUCUUCCGCCACAUCUGGCCCAAGUUCUAAUUCAGCAUGGCGCAGACCCUGAUGGUUGUGAUGACCACGGCAGAACCCCAUUGGAUUGGAUUCUAAAACUCCCACAUGGAUGUAUCCGCAGCAAUCGGGUGUAUGACACGCAAUGGCGAUACUAUUUGUGCAAAGUUCUGGCAAGUGUUGGCGGUCGAACUGCGUACUGCAAUCGCCAUGAUUGGAUGAACGCCUUGAAUCAAUUUGAAUUCGAAGGGUACAAUACUACCUGUCUUCACGAGAGCCCUACGGGUAGGGCUUUCGCUGCUAGAACUAUACAACCCGCGGCUAGUCCACGAUAUCGAUUAAGAAGCUCAAUUUCCACAAACAACACGGUAAGAAAGCGCAGCACCGGCAGCGACCCAUCCACGGAAAGAAUUCGCUCAAUAAAUGAUCAAUAUCGCCGCUACACUAAACGUGGCCGACGUUCUGGGCGUAAUGCAGGAUGA